AUGCCGGCCUCCUUUCAAUUGAACGUCGCCAUCAGGUUAUUUUUCUUCUUUUUGUUUAUAACUCUUUUUGUUUUUGCUCUUUGACCACAUGUCUUCUGACGGCGGGGGCAGUGGCGACAAAAAAAAAAUAAACAUGGUUGAUUCAUUGGCUUGACACAUUUGCACAAGGGGUAUCCAGUUAAAAGUUGUCUUUAAAAGCUAUAAUGUCAACGCGACAUGUUAAUCUCACGUUUUUUUUUCUGAAUUUUAACUCCAUGGUCGCAUUUGGAAUGGAUCGAAGUGUUUUAGUCGCUUUUUAGACGAAAAAAUCGGUUAUCUCGAUAUGAAGUUCCUUUUUUCUCGCAAACAUCCUUUAAAGCGGAGCUUAACGAAAUUUCUCUCAAAUUGAAUCGAGCGAAAUUGAAUUCGCGGUUGUUUAGGAUAUCGAAUUUCUGUCGCCUCCAGCCUAGAAAUUAGAUUGUUUUAAAACGAAGAGAAGGGUUUGAGGGUUUUUUCUAGACUUCCUGCUUGAAAAUGGAUAAUUCGUUUUUUCAUUAAAAGUUGGAGCAAUCAAAGUUGGACAGCACUUUUACGGAACUUUUGUGGUUUACAAAAAAAGUUUCACUAUGAUAUCUUUAAUCAGUCGUUUCAUGCUACCAUUUUCCUUUUCCGGCAAUUCUUGAUACUUAUAGGAAAAUCGAGAGGCUUUAUAUAAGGCGCAAAACGGGAUCCUUUAUCAGCCGCUCCUUUUUUGCGCCCGUUUUCGGGACUUUCUCAACUUUAUAUCCCUAUUUCAGAGAGCACUCGAAUGGCGACCAGGUGGCUUUUAAAGUCGACGGUCAGAGAUUCGAAGGAGCGGAAAAGACGCUGAAAUUCUCCGUCGACUCUCAUUAUGACGUCAGGAUUUCGGCACGACCAUCUGUCGACGUACGGUAUGACUUAUUGUGUGGGCUUCUUAGUUAUAGACUCUUCAACAUUUCAAGGUAUAGUCAGAAACAACAUUCUCGCUUUAAGACCCUUCAUUAAGUUUUUCCAAGCUCCUUUCAACAACAAUUUUUUGAGCCGAUCAUCUUUUUCUUACCAGUUUGAUUAGAUUCCUUUUCUGAAGUUUGGUGAGAGAAGUCUUUACAGAGCACUAAACAUUGCCGGAUUUGAUCUGGACCUGAAGAAAGAGUCGGAAAAUGAAACGCUGGCCGUGUGGAACACGUCAGGGAUGGAAGUCUCAAAAAAAGGCACCCGCCAGAAUAUCACCCUCGUUCUUCGAGUUCGUUUACAUUUUAUUUAAAAAUUUAUUCUCUCAAUUAAAAACUUCUUUGAUCGUUUCAAAGAGAAAUCAGAUUAUCUGUAGAAUGCAGAGUCGAAAGUUUUUUUCUUCAUUUCUCAAAAAUUUUUUUAAAUUUGAUCUUUUCGGCUAUUUUAAAGUUUGAUUUGAAAGCCGUCGAAAGAUUUUUUUGCGCCGGACCCGGAACGGCUUGUGCGCAAGAGAAUCGAAAACCAUUGGAACCUUUCGUUUUAAGCACCCAACUGAAUGGUUUAAAAUUAAAAAUGUGGUUUUUUUGCAGAACACUUUAAAAAAAAACAAAACAAAAAACAUAAAUUUUCCCCACGCCUAAAAUUAAAAUCGCUUGUCCCAUAAAUCAACGGAAAAAACAAUAAAACGUAUACGGAAACGCAUGUUCACUGAAACGAAAAUGAGAAUUCAAAAUUGGCGGUUUUCAGACGCCACAGGGGACGCUGACGAAGCAGCUUCAGAGCAAAUUCUACCCCAAGGUGCACUUUUUCUUCGGAAAUAGUUAAAAACAUGUUUUUUCAAGGAAGACAGUCAUGCGGACUGGGGCCACAAAUUGACGACAAUCGAGUGGAAGUGCACCAUGGAACAUGACGUCAUCCACGUGGUCGAGGAAAACUUCCGAUGA